AAGCCAAACUCGAAAGCCCCCGCGCCUUGAAGCCCUCUCCCGCUCCGGGGACAGCAAACCGGGGGACGUGGUCUCCCGCAGAAGUACGGCUGGGCCGGAGUGGGCUGCUAAUACUCCGCCGUGAUUUUGUUUUGCGAGGGGGUGGAGCUUACGGGAAAUCCCACUCGGCGGACUCGAGGAAAGAAAGAUACGGCUCGCCGGGGAGGGCGUGUGUGUGUGUGUCGUGGGAAGAGACCGAGCGAGCUGAACCCCGGGGUUGUCUCUCCACGCCGCCGCCGCCGCUCCCAACCAGCCCUGCUGCGUGGUCAGCGGGGCUUAAGCGAGGACCCACGUCUGACUUCCAAGGCAAAGCAAGGAGGGCGCGCCUGCUGGGCCGGCUGGGCUGCCCGAGAGGCGCUUGGGCGGAUCGGGCUCCGCCGCCCCUCCCGCCGCCCCUCGAUCAGAAGACUUGUUGAGAUCCGAGAGCCGCUGCUCUCCCGCGGCUCCAUGGAGGAGGACGUUAUGGACAAACUCGAGGACAUGGCGUCGGUGCGGGACUUCGACCCUCUCGCCGGCAGCAUCCCCGCCACCAAAGUGGAGAUCACCGUCUCCUGCAGGAAUCUUCUGGAUAAGGAUACUUUCUCCAAAUCUGACCCAUUGUGUGUCCUGUAUACUCAGGGUAUAGAGACCAAGCAGUGGAGAGAGUUUGGCAGGACCGAAGUCAUUGACAACACCUUGAACCCUGACUUUGUGCGCAAGUUCAUCCUCGAUUAUUUUUUUGAAGAGAAGCAGAAUUUGCGCUUUGAUCUUUAUGAUGUGGAUUCCAAGAGCCCCGACCUGUCAAAACAUGAUUUCCUUGGCCAGACAUUCUGCACGUUGGGUGAGAUUGUCGGGUCGCCAGGAAGCCGCUUGGAGAAGCCUUUGAUGAUGGCAGCAUAUACUUUACAUUCCAAAACCGGGAAGCCCGUGCCUUCUGUCUCGAAUGGGGGGAUUCCAGGGAAGAAGUGUGGCACAAUUAUCCUGUCAGCUGAGGAACUGGGUAACUGCCGAGAUGUGGCCACAAUGCAGUUCUGUGCUAACAAGCUGGACAAGAAAGAUUUCUUUGGAAAAUCUGACCCCUUCAUGGUGUUCUACAGGAGUAACGAGGAUGGGACAUUCACCAUCUGCCACAAAACUGAAGUGGUGAAGAACACUCUGAACCCUGUAUGGCAGUCCUUUGCUAUCCCUGUGCGAGCCCUGUGCAAUGGAGACUAUGACAGAACUAUCAAGGUGGAGGUGUAUGACUGGGACCGAGAUGGCAGCCAUGAUUUCAUUGGGGAGUUUACAACCAGCUACCGAGAAUUGGCACGAGGACAAAGCCAGUUCAAUGUCUAUGAGGUAGUGAAUCCCAAAAAGAAAAUGAAGAAAAAGAAAUACGUUAACUCAGGAACAGUGACGUUGCUUUCAUUUGCCACAGAAUCAGAGCACACAUUUCUAGACUACAUUAAAGGAGGGACUCAAAUCAAUUUCACAGUGGCCAUUGACUUCACAGCUUCCAAUGGGAAUCCCUCCCAGUCUACUUCCCUUCACUACAUGAAUCCAUACCAGCUCAAUGCAUAUGCUAUGGCACUGAAGGCUGUUGGCGAGAUCAUCCAGGACUAUGACAGUGACAAAAUGUUCCCAGCACUUGGGUUUGGAGCCAAAAUUCCACCUGAUGGCCACGUGUCCCAUGAGUUCCCCUUGAACGGUAACUCUGACAAUCCUCACUGUAGCGGAAUAGAAGGAAUCCUGGAAGCCUAUCACCAGAGCCUCAAGACCGUCCAACUCUAUGGCCCAACUAAUUUUGCACCGGUGGUUAACCAUGUGGCUAGGUAUGCUGCAGCUGUGCAGGAUGGUUCCCAGUAUUUCGUUUUGCUCAUCAUCACUGACGGUGUGAUCUCGGACAUGGCGCAGACAAAAGAAGCUAUUGUCAAUGCUGCCAAGCUUCCGAUGUCCAUAAUCAUUGUGGGAGUUGGGCAGGCGGAAUUUGAUGCUAUGGUGGAGCUGGAUGGCGAUGACAUCCGAAUCUCAUCUCGCGGGAAGAUUGCUGAACGUGACAUUGUCCAGUUUGUCCCAUUCCGAGAUUACAUUGACCGCACGGGAAACCAUGUCUUGAGUAUGGCCCGGCUAGCUAAGGAUGUCUUGGCUGAGAUCCCAGACCAGUUCAUCUCCUACAUGAAGGGACGUGGCAUCAAACCCAACCCAGCUCCACCUCCUUAUACCCCCACAGGCCAGACCCUUCAGACAGAAAUUUGAACAUCAGGAGAGGAGAAGAGCACUUUAAACAGGUGGCUCUCUGUCCCAUCUUUGCAACAAUCAGGCAGAAUUAGGACAAGAUCCAGGCCAUGGUCAGAGCAAUCUGGUGACUAGAAUGGAAGGAGAAAUUGUAUGUAUGGAGCAAACACUGAUUUAUGGUUUCCCUUGAUUUACUGGGCUGCUCCAGGAGGAAGAGCAGGAUAUAAGGGGAAACAUAGUAAGCUGUCAUUUCCUUUCUCACCAUUUUAGCUACAUUGCAUCCAGGUUAUACCCAUCUGAGAGGCUUUACUAUUCCCAUCCUGUGCCACUUUGCUCUUUGGACAGCUACGUUUGAAAUGCAGCUUUGGCUGGCUGGCUCAUAAACUCUUCCAGAGCUAGUCAGCCAGCAAGUUUUAUAAUACUCUCCAGAGCUCAGUGGUGGAUUUGUUUUGGUGCUCGAGGAACUCCAAGUAUCUUCAGUUUUGCCAACUGAUUGUAAAUGAUACUUAAUCUCUGAUGCAGGAUCAACAUUGGCUAUAACUCAACCAGAAAUUCUCAGUUUGGGGGUUGAAAUUCCUGUUAAUUUACCUGGCCUGCAUAAUGAAAAGCCCAGAUUUGGCAAGCAAUCCUGAACUGGUUAUGAUAAAUAGGAGCUUUGCCAUUGCCUUUGCUUUGGGAUGUGGAUUAUACUAUAAAACUACAACCUCAACAAGUGUAUGGAAGAGUGUGAGUUAAAAUAUUAUUUCUCUGCCUCCUUUAUCCUAGCAGUAUUCAGACAUUUCCCCCCAAAUACCGCUCAAAAUCAGAAUCUUCCAUAGAGGAGACAGUGGGAGGCACAUAUAACACUGCUGUCCAGAUCUAAAGGAGCAGAGGCAUUGAGCAGUGUUUACCUGUACUAAUUUGUACCCUAUCUGUGCAUUGUUACAUCAUUCCAAGUGCAACUGAGGAGUGCUGCAUACCCUACAGUUUUGUGUGCCACAUCUCUGUAAAAGUGCAUGUGUUGGGUGAAGCAUGCCAAAGCUGCCCUGUUUUCAGUUUAUGUGAGUGGAUGAACAAGAUGGUUUACAUCAUACGUGCCUGUGACUGCAUAGUGCUGGCAAAACAUGUUGGGCAUAAAGACAUAUAAGAUCAGAUAUUGGGUUGGGCAUACCUGAUGAAUCCCAGGCCCACUGACUAGCUCUCAGGGGGUGACGGUGGAAAUAACAGGAAUUCUCCAGGUGACUUUGUUUGAGGAAGCUACAGAAAGGUUGUUAUAUCCCAAAAUCAAUGUUUUCUCGGCUCCUGAUCUUUCUUACAGCCAUCCAGCAUGCUCUUGGCUACUCCUGUUUUCCCUCUCCCAUGACAACUAUUUUUAUUUGCAUGACAGUGACCUUUCUCUCUUUUAUGGUACCAUUUUCUGCAUUGAAUGUCUGGUGUAACAUGGUUUCUA